AUGACAUGCAAUCCAACAAAAUGCAAGGAGAUUAUAUUCCGUAAGAAAGGUUUCAAUCAGGACAUCGUGCCAGUUAGGGAUAUACCGCAGUGUGCAGAGUUAUCCAUAUUAGGUAUUACUUUGCAACAAAAUUGUAAAUAUAGUAGUCACGUUCGGGCGAAGGUAAUUAAGGCGAACAAGUCAUUAUUUAUAUUAGGAUCUUCACGCAAGGAAGGAACGUCCCAGGAGGAAGUAGAUCACCUUUUUAAUGCUAUAGUUUUACCAAAUUUUUCUUAUGCCCUGCCGGUUUAUGAUGCCUCAGACUCCGACCUUUCUAUGAUACAGAAUUUUUUGGACCGGUGUUUGGAAAGGAAGUUUAUGUCCAAGAAUGUAGAUAUCAGGGAUUUGCUAGAGAAGACGGACAAGGCACUCUACAAAAAAAGAUCGAUUGACCCCGAAUGCCCGUUUUUCCAGUUUUUACCUAAGGUAAAGAACAUGAGGUACAAUCUUAGAAAUACGUUAGUCUCUGUCCCUAGCUAG